AUGCCAUCGUCUUCAGUCCCCACACGUGACCUGUCGCUAACGGUAUCAGAAAUCGCUCUUCUCACCCUCUUGCUAGUCUCGCUAAACGGCAUCUUCGUCUGUCUAUCAUACUACCUAGUAGACCGCGCAGAACGCGCGCAGCCUGAUCCUGAAACAGGCGGCACCGAGCUGCUGGUUGCUCGGUUUGAGAGUGAAGAGUGGGCGGAUGAUGCUGCUGCUGGAGAGCCGCUGCCGUUGUAUGCCGAGACGCUAGGGGAUUGUCCCCCGGCGUAUGCGCAUGUUGUUGCGUGUGGGUUUGGUGGCAGGUAUGGUGGUGAAGAGGAUGUUUAUGGGUGA